UCGUAAUGCGUAUUGUUUGAACGAUCACAGGUAACAGUUGGGCCAGUGUUUACAUCAGUUGAAAUGACCGCAGCACGCGAGCAGCACGUCGGCAAUAAGCAAAGCAGUGACGUUGUAGUUGUCGAAAUUGACAGUGAAAUCGAUGAUAUACUCAAUUCUGGAUCGUUAACUGAUAACAAUAACGAAGUGCCAGUACUUGAAGUGCGUGUGGAGGGGACGCAUGCCAAAAUGAACGGAAACUCCAAUCUAUCAAAUUCCAAACCCAAGCCGGUUAAUUUAACAGAGACUGUUCAAAGAGCUCGGGAUGCGUUCAGCAGAGGGGUCACGCGACCCAUAGAGUGGCGGCGACAGCAACUCAAAGCGCUCAUGCGCAUGUAUCAAGAAAACAAACAGGCCAUGAUAGAAGCGCUGAGGCAAGAUUUGAGACGAAGCAAGAUGGAGGCCGUGCUUCUUGAAGUUGACUUUCUCAUUAAUGAUUUGGCCAACACUUUGCACUAUUUGGAUGAGUGGGUGAAGCCUGAAAAGCCACCAAAGGGCUUAGUGAACUUAUUAGACGAAGUGGUGGUCUACAACGACCCCUAUGGCGUAGCCCUUGUGAUCGGAGCGUGGAACUACCCACUCCAGCUGCUCCUCUUGCCAGUAGCAGGAGCCAUAGCCGCUGGCAACGCUGUUGUCAUGAAACCCAGCGAACUUGCAGUUGCUAGCGCUCAGUUCAUUGCAGAGAUGGUGCCGAAAUAUUUGGACAAUGACGCUGUCGUGGUAAUAGAGGGUGGUCCGCAGGAGACAAGCGAGUUGUUACAGCAGAAAUUCGAUUACAUUUUCUAUACGGGCAGCACAAGUGUCGGCAAGAUCGUAUACGAAGCCGCAACUAAAAACCUCACACCACUCACUUUGGAGUUGGGUGGGAAAAGCCCAGUAUACAUAGACAACACUGCAGACAUCGAAGUUACUACUAAACGUAUACUAUGGGGUAAAUUUAUCAACGUUGGGCAAACGUGUAUAGCUCCCGACUACAUAUUGUGCAGUAAAGAGGUGCAAGAGAAAUUCGUACAGAUUGCAAAAAAGGUGCUGAAGGAGUGGUACGGUGAUGAUCCUCAAAAGUCACCUGACCUAUGCAGGAUUAUCAACAGUAGGCAUUUCAGUCGUCUACAGACAUUGGUGGAUGCAAGCAAAGAUAAAGUUGUAAUCGGUGGCAAAUCGGACCCCAAAGACAGGUUCAUUGAACCUACGAUCCUUGCCAACGUUUUACCAACAGACAAAAUUAUGGAAGAUGAAAUUUUCGGUCCUAUUUUACCUAUCUUACCCAUUGAAAACGCGUACGAGGCCAUCAAAUUCAUCAACGAAAGAGAGAAGCCCCUAGUGCUGUAUGCUUUCUCGAAGAACAAGGAGGUGUUGAACAGCAUCAUAGAGAAUACCAGCAGCGGAGGGAUGUGUAUUAACGAUACGGUUAUGCAGAUGGGAGUGGAAACAUUACCCUUCGGAGGAGUGGGUAACAGCGGCCUAGGCGCUUACCACGGCAAAGCAACGUUUGAUACGUUUACACACAAAAAAAGCUGUCUCAUUAAAAAUUUCUCUGCCAUCGGAGAGAAACUGGCAUCAGGCCGCUACCCUCCGUACUCUGAGGGUAAACUGACGUAUAUAACCACUCUUAUGAAGCCAAUGCAUGGACCGUCGUUGAAGUACUUACCCUAUCUGCUCACAUUCGCCUUAGGCGCUGGUCUCUCCUACGGCUUUCUAGCCUGGCAAAAGAUGGCAUCAGAAGACCUGUAAGAAGUCUAAAGUAGUAUAAGAAAUAGUAAAGCACUAAAAUGUGAUAAUUUUUUUUACGGUGUCAUUUAAAUUUGCACAAGCUAAGAAGAGUAAAUAAUGUUAAUAUAUUUUUAAAAAGAAUCUAGCAUUAAAAAAUAAAUAUAAUUCACGAAUUUUCUACUUUACGCAAUAUUUUUAUCAAGCUAUAUCUUGUUAUUUACCAGUUCUAAUUUUUAUAUUUAAAAAGUUUAUAUGUAAAAAGGAAGUUAUAAUGUCAUUAUUUUGUUACCAAUAAUUUAAUGGUAAAUAAGCAUUUAUUAUUUAUGUUAGCAAUUUAUUUUAUAUAUUUUUAUAUAAUGUUAAAACAUAAAGAAAAUUGUCGGCCUUGACUUGCCAGUCACAUAAAUUAACAACUCUUAUUAUUGAUUUUUUGUAUUUCACGUGCAUUAUCCAUAAAUGAAACAACUUUUAAACGGUUUCGUCGCGUUUGUAUAUAGUUUUAUUAAAUCUUAAUACCGAAAAUCUCAAUAAUGCAAAAAAAAUAAGUUCUCAUAAUGCAAUUUGACUGUUAAUGAAAAUAUGCAAUUAUAUUUGUUACACAAAUUUUCCCAAAAACUGACCAAUUUCAUUCCAAUUAAUGGCAUUUUUCCAUUGUAAUAGAUAUCCUUAUGAAGCUUCAUAUUAUUAUAGGUGUACCAAAAUAUGAUGGCAUUUUGGGAAAUUUUAAUUUGUAGAAGGCAACAGAACUAAACUGACUUCUGACAAAAGAAGCUUUACUUUAUGUAUUUCUUUAUUGCUAUUGUCAACUAACAUUGCAACUGCUGUUACGCUUACACAUCCAAAUCAAAUCUGCUUUAUUUUUUCUUAUUUUCACGGUUCCUAUUUUUACCUGGCGUAGAAUAAUGAUUUCAUAUCUUAUCCUUAACUAAGAUUUCGUUUUAUUGUAGUCAUAUUUUGCUAACAUUAAAAACGAUAUUUCUCCCUUGAGAUAUCAAUGGCUUUUUGGGAAUUUAAAAAAAUAUAUAUAUCCACAAAUAUUUACAACAAUGUAUGUUGGUAUAAAAACAUCAAAUUUACCAUUUGCGUAAUACCAUUGCCGUAAUAAAAAUCGAUAUUUUUCUUUUGUGUUUUUGCCAUCAGAUUUCGGUACGCCUGUAGUACAGUGCCAUCUUUCUUAUUUUUUGUUAUUUUGUGAAUUAGAAAGAAAGAGUCAAAAAAGUUGCUGUCAGUCUAGCUAACUCGAUACGUAGGUAAGUUAAGUAGUAAGCAAUCUUUCAUUAAUUUCACUUUUCAUAUAGAAAUAAAUUUAUUCAAUUGACAAUUAAGUCACUAAUAAAAGAAGUAGGCAAGUGCUAGAUGACAUCUCAAAAAAUACUAGAUUGCUGGGAUGCUUAGGAUUCUUCACUGACAGAAUUUUUCUGGAAUGGAAUUUUUUCAUGUAGGAUUGUGCGUGGGACAAUAGAAGAUUGAAAUAUCCUGCUUUCUAAUUUAUUCUUUAACAUUGAGACGUCGUUCAUGUUUCCAAUCUUAUUUAAAUCGGAGAGCAUUACAUUUUCUUUGACCUUACCUAUAAAAUCUCUAAUCAGUAGGUCUAGGUGCUAGGUGCUAAAAGUCGAAUUUCGGUGCUUACCUUAUGAAAAUAGUGCCAGAUCUAACACCGAAAAUGCUAAGUUGGCAACACUGACAUGCCAUAGUGACGUUAAUGGUAGUUUGUAGCACAAGCCGAGUUCUGGUCGCCUACGUCUUUACAAUCUUGUCUCGUAUUUAACAUGCGGCAUAAAUGUAAGGUGACAGUCAUCCUGCCCAAUUCCAGCACUGUCUAACAAAUAAACCUAAUGAUUCCCCGAUUUGUUUGUGACAAAAAAAAACAUUAUCAUUUAUUUACAGCGAUACAUUCAAACAAGUGUAGUGUUUUAAUUAGUAAUAAAUAUAAUUUAAACCGAAUCAUAUUUAUUACUAAUUGAAAUGUUAGACUAUUAUUUCACUAUCAAACUUUAAAGUAUAUGAGUUGAAAUGUCACAUGAUGUCACACCUUAAUAAAUAUUUACAUAGUUGUGAACUUGUUACGUAGUGAAGCCGCAACUGAAUCCCAAUUAUCUAGGUCGGUUUAUUAGGUUGAAGUAAAAUAAUACGUGUUUAAUAUUUUUCUAUUACCUGGCUGACAGACUUAAUAGUUUUUUUUUAUCCACGCAUCAUCCCUAUUACCAUGGAAAAUUACUUUUUCUGCUUCGGUGUAAAUUAAAAAUCGGUCUCACUAAUAUUGAAGUAUUAAAUAUUUUCUACUGUUUUCAUUUGUUUAUUAUAGAUUCGAGAAGAUUGCCAUUAUUGAAAUUCUAUUUUAAUAGUUUUUAUUUCAUCAACAAUACCUUUCAUGUUAAAUAACAUUACGCUAAGUUACUGCAGAGGUCAAAUUUCUUCAAUCGAUUUAAAGCCUUAACCACACGAUGUCUUAUAUGAAAAUUGAUUGCAGAGAAUUGAUUUUUACUCAAAACUGAUUUGUUGAUGUGUUUGCUUUGUAAUCUAAUAUUAUGAAUGAAUAUAAUUAGUAAUAAGUAUGUACCUAUAUCUACAGAAAUCAAAUGUGGACAUAGUCCCAACUUAAAAUAUUGCUUUUGAAUUUACUAGGCAGUGUUAAACGUUAAACGAAUUGAAAUUAAGCAGGUUAUGGACUGAUUGUAAAUAUUGGUAGGUAUUUGGGAUCAACAGAUUUUGCUUAUUAAUAAAAUAUUUUUGUA